AUGGAGAACAAGGCCAGCCAGAAGCCUAAAAAAGCCAAAGAUCCGUCUACUAGACGGCGCAAGCCUAGAAGAACAAACAAACCUAAUCAAGGACAGACAAAUCAGGUUAAUCAGACAGAAACUAGUGAUAAACCGUUAGUAACCAAUCGUCGGACGAAUUCUCGUCAUGCACAGGAUGCCGACAGAAAGAUAGCAGGACCAUCAAAAGCUGUUGGAAAGGAUAAGCUCACAGAUAUACAGGAAAAAGGAAAAGCCUUUUCAAAAAAUGGCAAAACUGCCAGAAUGUCAAAGGAAGCAAAGGACGAAAUACGCCGAGUUCAGCAUGUUUUGGGUGAACAAAACUUCAAAGUUUUCAAGAAGAGCAAAAACAGUACGACAUAUGGGCUAGUGAUGCCUCAUUUCUUCACUUCAGAGCAUUACACUCUUGUGGCAACUAUUCCCUUCACAUAUCCUCAGCAGCCGGUCAAACUUGACCCCAAGGAUAACCAAGGAAAAGAAGUAACAUACGCACAGGAACUAGUAAACCUCGUCAAUAAUUUCAACAGCAAAGCGCAUGAAAUGUCUUCUAGAAAACAGCAUUUGUUAUCUCAGUUCAAUUAUCUGCUGACGCAGUGGCCUAUUCUAAGCAGUCCUAAUUACAGACAAAAAGAUCGGCUAUACAAGGAAUUCCUAACAGAGUGCAAUUAA